CAGUAGCCUACGAGUACAUAUGUUCCUGCUUUUGCUACCUCAUUAGGACUUUGUUUUGGUGUAUAAUUUCUGACCUUGUCGACAUUAUUAGUCCUUCACUGGACAGGUUCCGGCGGUUCGGGUUGGAGCGGAUAUAUGCGCUGACAUGAGGGAGCCCUCUCCAUUCGGACGGAUCCGCAUCUGAAGCGCGUCGCGCCGGCUGAAGCGGAGCUCCACUGCGGCGUUGGAGUUUCUGGUAUAUCGGAUAUAUUCUGACAUACAUGGAUAUCCCGACGGUAAUAAAAAAAAGUGUGAGAAGUUGAAUCUGAAGGGAAAUAAAAAAGAGAGCGACUUCAACUCACCCAAACCUCUGAUGCCUCUGGCGACUCUGAGCUCAUGUUGUGUCCUUGCUGGGAUAAACAAGUGGCCUGGCCAAAGAGCACAGUGCUUCUACACACAUUAAAGCCCACACAGGAUGUCGUGGGCCAGAAGCCUCUUCGUAGGUAGAGAGGAUGACCAAAAGACGGCAUGGGGAGAGCGCAAUGGCAAGAAGAGGAAGGACAGCUCGUCACUAUGCAACCCCCGAUACAUGAGCUGCCUGAGGGACUCAGAGGACUCAGAAGUCCCUAAUGUUUCCCCCCAGUAUUACCACUGUGAAGCAGGUGCAAGUGGGGGCAACUUUGGCUUGCGGUGUGGCUGGCAGGAGGACCACUAUGGGAAAAGGGUGGUUGGUGUAGGAAAUCCCUGUGUGGAGGAUGGUGAGCGGAAAGAAAAACCAGAAGAGGAAGCAGGGGAAUUAGCAGGGAGAAGGUGUAAGAAGAUGACUGCUGCAGACUGCUGGAGAUGGCUUAUGUGGGUUUUUCAAUCCAAAAAAUUUCAGUCUGCCAAGCUGGAACGCCUGUACCAGCGCUAUUUCUUCAGACUCAACCAGAGCUCCCUCACUAUGCUAAUGGGGAUGCUGGUGGUCGUGUGCGGAGUCAUGAUUGCCUUCCACUGUGUCCACGCUGAACUUAAUGUGGCCUACAUCGUAGUGCUGUCAGUGGCCACGACUCUCUUUCUGGCCUUGAUGGUCGUGUGCAACCGCAACGGCUUCCAUCAAGACUACAUGUGGAUUGUGAGCUACCUGGUGAUCGGGGUCCUGAUAGUCCUGCAGGUUUCUGGGGUGUUGACGGUGUCCCCCCGCAGUGCCUCAGAGGGGAUUUGGUGGACGGUCUUCUUCGUCUAUAUUAUCUACACUCUGUUGCCUGUCAGAAUGAGAGCUGCUGUACUUAGUGGGACUGUGCUGUCCACCGUUCAUGUUCUCAUCGCCUGGCACGUCAACCACCAGGACAAGUUCAUUCUCAAACAGAUAUGUGCCAAUGUGCUGAUCUUCCUGUGCGCUAACAUCAUCGGGAUCUGUACCCACUAUCCCGCUGAGGUCUCCCAGAGACAGACCUUCCAGGAGACAAGAGGAUACAUUCAGGCCAGGCAGCACCUGCAGAGGGAGAACCAUCAGCAGGAACGGUUGCUGCUAUCUGUUUUGCCGAGGCAUGUUGCAAUGGAGAUGAAGGCUGAUAUCAUCGCCAAGAAGGAAGACAUGAUGUUUCACAAGAUCUACAUCCAGAAACACGAUAAUGUGAGCAUACUGUUUGCCGACAUCGAGGGCUUCACCAGCCUGGCGUCUCAGUGCACAGCCCAGGAACUGGUCAUGACGCUGAACGAGCUGUUCGCCCGUUUCGACAAGCUGGCCUCGGAGAACCACUGCCUGCGCAUCAAAAUCCUCGGAGACUGUUACUACUGCGUAUCAGGUCUGCCGGAGCCCCGGGCUGACCACGCCCACUGCUGUGUGGAGAUGGGAGUGGACAUGAUUGAAGCCAUCUCGCUGGUAAGAGAAGUGACAGGUGUUAAUGUGAACAUGCGGGUGGGCAUUCACAGCGGGCGCGUUCACUGCGGAGUGCUGGGCCUGCGCAAGUGGCAGUUUGACGUCUGGUCCAACGACGUGACGCUCGCCAACCAAAUGGAGGCCGGGGGGAAGGCAGGACGUAUCCACAUUACCAAAGCCACCUUGCAGUACCUGAACGGGGAUUAUGAGGUGGAGCCGGGAUACGGAGGGGAGAGGAACGCCUACCUGAAGGAAAACAACAUCGAAACCUUUUUGGUGCUUGGCUGCAGCCAGAAAAGAAAAGAGGAGAAAGCCAUGAUGGCCAAACUUCACCGAAAGCGUGCAAAUUCUGCAGAGGGCCUGAUGUCCCAUUGGGUGUCAGAUAGAGCUUUCUCCAGAAGUAAGGAGUCUAAAGUCUACAAGAAGAUGGGCAUUGAUGCAGCGUCCAGCAAAGAAAACCGCUGCAGUCAGGAAAACCAGAACUCUGAGGACGAGGUGGAUGAUUUUCUUGCACGAGCCAUCGACGCACGCAGCAUCGACCAGCUGAGGAAAGAUCACGUCAAGAAGUUUCUGCUCACAUUUCAGGCACCCGACCUGGAGAAAAAGUACUCCAAAAAGGUGGACGAUCGUCUGGGCGGUUACGUGGGCUGCACUCUGCUUGUCUUCUUCUGCAUCUGUUUUAUUCAGAUGAUAAUUUUCCCAAAAACAACACUUAUGCUCGGUCUUUACAUUAGCAUCUUCAUCAUCCUCGCCAACAUCCUUUUCAUCUGUGCCAUCUAUUCCUGCCUCAAACGCUUCCCAGCUGCCUUCCAGACACUCACCAAGAAAAUAAUCCAGUCUCGGGCAAACAGUACGCUGGUGGGCGUCUUCACCAUCCUUCUUCUCUUCAUCUCUUCUUUCGCUAAUAUGUUUACCUGCAGCAGAGAGAAACUGCAGGACUGUGUAGGACGGGAACUGAACACAACAGUGACUCUGUGCCUGCUGCAGAACCUCACCAGGACAGCAGAGGACGGCCUGACUCUGUGCUCCAGUCAGGUGAUGCCCUGCCAUUUACCUGAGUAUUUCAGCUACAGCGUACUGCUGACCCUGCUGGCCUGCUCCGUGUUCCUGCACAUCAGCAGCAUCGGGAAGCUGGCUCUGAUGCUGCUCAUCUAUCUCGUUUUCCUCCUGCUGGUGGAGUGGCCUCAGGUGACCCUGUUUGACAACGCCGACCUGCUGGUCUUUGCCAACGCUCUGCAAUUACCACCUGUUAAUGAUUCCCUGCAACAAUCUGCUUUCAAUGAAACCGCAGAGCAGUGCCCGGGGGCUGUGACCAAGGUGCCCCUCAGGGUCAUGACCCCCAUAAUCCUGCUGGUUUUCGUUCUGGCUCUCUAUUUGCACGGCCAGCAGGUGGAGUCCACCGCACGUCUCGACUUCCUCUGGAAGUUGCAGGCCACGGAGGAGAAGGAGGACAUGGAGGAAUUACAGGCCUACAACCGACGCCUGCUGCACAACAUCCUGCCCAAAGAUGUGGCCGGCCACUUCCUCGCGAUGGAGCGGCGAAAUGACGAGCUGUACUACCAGUCGUGUGAGUGCGUCGCUGUCAUGUUCGCCUCCAUCAGCAACUUCUCCGAGUUUUACGUGGAGCUGGAGGCAAACAACGAGGGGGUCGAGUGCCUCAGACUGCUUAACGAAAUCAUCGCCGACUUUGACGAGAUAAUCAGCGAGGAGCGGUUCCGUCAGCUGGAGAAGAUCAAAACAAUCGGCUCCACCUACAUGGUGGCCUCGGGCCUCAACGACACCACCUAUGACAGAGAGGGCCGCUCGCACAUCCUGGCUCUGGCUGAUUACGCCAUGAGGCUUCGAGAGCAGAUGAAGUACAUCAAUGAGCAUUCCUUCAACAACUUCCAGAUGAAGAUCGGGUUGAACAUGGGGCCUGUUGUGGCAGGGGUGAUUGGCGCCAGGAAACCCCAGUAUGACAUCUGGGGAAACACAGUCAAUGUGGCCAGCCGAAUGGACAGCACUGGAGUACCAGACUACAUCCAGGUGACCACCGACUUGUACCAUGUGCUGGCCAACAACGGAUACCAGCUGGACUGCCGAGGUCUCGUCAAGGUGAAAGGGAAGGGGGAGAUGACCACCUACUUCCUCACCCGUGGCCCGCCGGGUAGUUAACAACGGAGGCAGCCUGACCGCACGGUGACUCCCACUGCGCUGAAACGGCAGGGACUGCAGAGAGACUGAGCGUCCGGCUCGGCGACGGGCGCAGGGGACAAGAUGCGGCCGUCGUAGAGACGAGUCCGUUUCUUGUCACAUUCUCAGACUGAAGGCUUGUCGCAAGCCGCUCGAUUAAAUAAUGAAUCCCAGUGGCCUUAGGAAGGAAGCAGCGGCACUUGUGUUUUUGAGCAAUAGUACAAGUAUACCAUCUGGAGUCAUUAUUUAUUUUUGUGAGAAACUAAGCAAUCUUUCUUAGAAGAAAAUUAUGCAAGGACAACAUGAAGGAGAAGAAUAACCAAAGAACAAAUAAAUGUCUGAUGAUUCCGUUCAACACUAUAAUAAACUUUAUAAGCUAUAUUAUUCCUCUUUUUCAAAGAGCGAAGGCCACGGUAACUUCUCUGAACUGUUUUUAACAAAGGAGAGCGCACACGCACAGAUAAUGCAGAAGGAAAACGGCAACGACAGCAACCUUGGCUCUGACCUUUCUGUUUCUAAUCAGGGCUUUCUUUGUUCCCUCCAGCCUGCAAUUAGUUUAUGGUCCACUCAAACACACGGCUGAGCGCCGGGCCCCUGUGGGCCCGGAAGAAGACGUGGGAAACGGAAGAAGAACGGUUUGACCUGAAGAACGAUUGUAUUCCAACUAUAAACCAUUUUUCUACGGCUGCGUGUGUGUGUGUGUGCGUGUGUGUACGUGUGUACGGGUGUGAGCUCUGUAGCUCGAUCUGAUGAGGGGCAGACAGAAAACUUUUCACUGUGAGAUUUCUAAGAUACUGUACGACAACGCUUUCUUGCCAAACUUUUUGCUGCAAAUCAUGUUUUGUGUUGUUCACUACAGUUGAGUGUCCAUUCCUGAUUGUUUGUGUCAAGAUUGAUCUUUUGAAGACGAUCGUGUCCCACUGCGCCUUUACUGGACUGUGAUUUACUAACUGAUUUCAUUCCAAAUGAAAUAAGCGUGGUUUAGUUGGAACUGUGUUAAAGGUAAGCUGACUUCCUGACAGCUGCGGGAUUAUUUUUUAUGCAGAAAUUCUCCUUCUGCUCUGUAUUGCCUUGAUAUUAUUCAGCACUAAUGUUUGCAUUCUUCAUGGCCCGAUAUUCACAACCUUACACAGCAGUAUUUGACGCUAAUUUCUAGUAUAAGCACCCGUGAAAGAACUGUUGUUUGAAACAAUAAUCAAAUGAAUGUAUGCAAAAAUGAUGAUUUUUAUCCACAAUGAGGUGAUUUAAAGAAAAUCAUUCUGGUUCUUAAAAUCCUCGUAUUAGAAGCCCAACAGUUGAGAUGGAAUAUUUUCUAUUUAAAAAAAAAAAAAAAAAAAGCUUUAUACUCUGUUGAUGUGCUUCUGUUUCUGUCUUGGCGCCAAAACGCCGCAAAACAGUCACUUGUUGCUCUCUGUCGUUAUGAAAACCCAAGUAAACACUGUCUCACCUUCAACUAGUGCAACUACAGAUAGAGUUGAAUUUUACUAGAAUAAGAAAUCAAUAAAUGGCUUUUUUCCAUU